AACGCCGUUGAUGUCACUACUGCGUGAUACUUAAUUUGAGGUUAAGAAAACCUGUUUGGGUCGAUCAAUAAAUUAUUUUUCUUAUAUCAUCUGUGAAAAAGUUUACUAUACAUUGAUAUGGCUGGAAAUAAGAAAGGGACAGAGUUAGCGUUAUCCAUUUUGAGAGUAUUACCUAGAUUGACAUUAUCAAAUAUUCGAGAUAAUCCCGGUGCGCCAAAGGGAAAAAAUAAACGAGGCAGAGGUCAACAUGGUGGUAAUAGACAUGGUGCUGGACAAAAAGGUUCUGGACAGAGACAAAAUUAUAUGCGCUUGGGAUAUGAAACUGGCAAUACUCCUUUCUAUUUGAGAUUUGGUAACGAACCUUACUACAGGGGUCAUCAUUUGAGACGAGAAUAUCCACCGCUUAGUUUACAUAAACUACAAAUGCUUAUUGAUUUGAAUCGGCUGGAUAUCACUAAACCAAUUGAUCUUAUAACAUUAUUAAAUACUAAAUUAUACCACAUUAAUGUAAAUCAUAAACAUGCGGGUGUUCAUUUGACAGAUGAGGGUGCACAUUGUUUUAAAGCUAAAAUAAAUAUAGAGGUACAAUGGGCCAGUGAACCUGUAAUUGCAGCUAUUGAGAGAAAUGGAGGUAUAAUUACAACUGCUUACUACGAUGUGCACUCUCUUCAUGCCAUGUGUGAUACAGAGCAAUUUUUCAGCAAAGGUGAACCGAUACCACGUCGAUUUUUACCACCGGACGAUUGCCUGGAAUAUUAUUCCAGCGCCACUACGAGAGGAUACUUGGCCGAUCCUGAGAAAGUCUCUCAGGAACGAUUGGUGUUAGCCCAAAAGUAUGGUUACGAGUUACCAAAAAUCGAGGACGAUCCUGAUUACGAGAUGUUAUGCGAGCGCAAGGAUCCGCGACAAUUGUUUUAUGGUCUGGAACCAGGAUGGGUGGUCAAUGUUCCUGAUAAAGUAAUAUUGAAACCUAAAGCCGACUAUCUGAAGGAGUUCUAUACAAGUUAAAGUAUGAGAAUAUAAGAAUAUAGUGUAAAUUAAUUAGAUUUAAUAAAUGCUAUUCUUAUCAUUCGA